AUGUUCAGGCUUGCCUCCCUCCUCGUUAUCCCCAUUGCAUUCGCUUGUCAAGUGAUUGCUCAUGGAACUCCGCCGUCGGCAGCUGAGAUGGUGCAGCGACGAGAGUUGAAUCUGCUUACAGGACGGUCUCUUCAGCAACGUUGUGGCUCUGCACUAGCCAAGAGAAAGGCGAAACGGAUGCACAGGCGUGCUGAGGCUGGUCUCACUACACUCAACAAGCGCGAAUCGAACGAUUCAGUAUGUAUCCUCACUCCAGAGGUUACACAGGGUCCGUAUCAUAUCCUAGGCGAGCUCGUGCGCCAGAACAUCACGCAGGGGCAAGCGGGAGUUCCUCUUGAAUUGAAUGUUGACUUCUUUGACAUUGAUACUUGUGAGCCUGUUCCACGCGUCUGGGUCGACGGCUGGCAAUGCAAUGCAACCGGAGUCUACUCCGGUUAUGAGGUAGCAUCGGCAGCCAGUAACAAUGGCAGUGGAUCAAGCUUCCCACCUCUCCCCAGCCCGACUGGAACAGGUGCAUACACGGAUGUAGAUGACCCAAACAACCCGAUGGUCAUUGUUAAGCCUGGUGACAAUGAAAACUUCUUGCGUGGUAUAUGGCAGACUGACGACAACGGCGAGUUGACGAUGCAUUCAAUAGUCCCAGGCUGGUAUUCUGGUCGCUCCGUACACUUCCACAUCAAGGUGUACACUGAAGGAAACGGCUCGCUUGCAGAUAACGGAACAUUUGUUGCUGGAAGCGCGGUCCACACAGGACAAUUUUUCUUUGCAGAUGAUUUCAUUGAGAAAGUCGGAAAUACAACCUCGUAUAACACAAACCCUGUUGAACGUGUCUAUAAUAACGACGACAUAUGGUACAACUACCAAAACGCCUGGGGUUACACAGCAAACAUGGACAUAGCUUUCAAGGAUGAAGACAAUAUAACCGCAGGUGUUGUCGGCUCAAUUAGCCUUGGUUUGAACUUGACUUUCGCAAGUCCCGAGCUUACGCCAUAUUAUUGGGGUGGCAACUCUUCGGAUCUGUCUGCCACUGAGACCGCUUCUGCAUUCUAA